CUUAAUUAUUUAUCACUUGUAUUUUGUCCCAUUUAAUUUUUAGUGACUAUUAUAUCAUUACUCUUAAUUUGUAUUUUAUAUUUAAUCUAUAAAUUAAAAUAUAAUCAUAUGUGAUGUUAUUUAACAAUGUGUGAUACUCCCUUCUAUUCUUUUUAUUUGUCCCAUUUUUUAUUGGGUAAAGUCACCUUAUUUGUCUUAUUUCUUUUUUUGUCAUUGAUUUUUUUACUUAAAUAUCCUUUGUUCACACAUAUAAUGAUCAAAAUACCCCCACUCACACUACUUAAAAAGUUAAAAUACCCCAAUUACCCACCUUAACAAUUAAUCUAAUCACUUAAAAUACCCCAAUUAGCACCUUUUUGAUGGAUCUUCUCCUACUCUUAAUAUCCUUGUCAAACCCAAAUGUCCAAGUAAAAAGAAUAGGAGGGACUAUAAUAUUGCAUAUAUAUAUAUAUAUAUAUAUAUAUAUAUAUAUAUAUAUAUAUAUAAUUGGUAAGUCAUACCAUCUUCUUCAUCCAAACAUAAAACUAAAAGCAAACAAAAAUGAAAAGCUCAUCAGCGGAAAUGGUAUUCAUUCCAUCACCAGGAAUGGGACACCUUCUCUCAGCCGUAGAAGUCUCCAAACGAAUAAUCCAACGAGAUGAACGCCUUUCCAUCGUCAUUCUCAUAAUCGACGUCCCAAUUACUUCAGCUUUAGUCACGUCCUUCAUCAAAUCCCAAUCACAACACAAUCCCUUCUCAUCUCGUCUUAUAUUCGUCACUCUCCCUCCAGUUUGCAACCCACCUGAUCCUUCUUGUUCCAACUUCUUUCAAGCCCUUAUGAAGCUUUACAAGCCCCUCGUUAAACAAGCUGUCGAGGAAAGAAUCCUGUUUGAGUCGUCCAGACGACUCGUGGGAUUCAUCCUCGACAUGUUUUGUACAACCAUGAAUGAUGUUGUUGCCGAGUUUAAGGUUCCGUCUUAUGUGUUUUUCACUUCUGGAGCUAGUCUUUUGAAUCUUAUGUUGCAUUUUCAGUCAAUGGCUGAUGAGGAAGGGAUUGACAUUGUUAAUAGUGUCAAAUCUGAUUCUGAAUUCAAUGUUCCUGGAUUUGUAAACCCGAUUACAGGUAAGAUUAUUCCAUCAGUGUUCUUUGAUAGGGAAAGUGGGAAGAAUUUGAUUCUAGAACAUACUAGAAGGUUUCGGACUUCGAAAGGGAUUUUGGUAAACACAUUUAGUGAGCUUGAAAGUGUUGGGAUUAAUGCUUUGUUAGAUAUGGUAGCUAAAGAUAAAAUCCCUGCUGUUUAUCCUGUGGGUCCAAUUUUAGAGCUUGAUAAUAAGAGCAGAAGUGGAUCUAAAGGACAAAAUCAUGAGUAUAUCAUCGACUGGCUUAAUGAUCAACCUUCAUCAUCGGUUGUGUUCCUCUGUUUUGGUAGCAUGGGAAGUUUUGAUGAAGCUCAAGUUAAAGAGAUAGCCAACGGUCUAGAAAACUCGGGGCAUCGGUUUUUAUGGUCGCUACGUAAACCGCCUCCUGAAGGUAAAAUUGGGAUGCCAAGUGAGCACGAGACAUAUAUAGACGCCUUACCUGAAGGCUUUCUGAACCGGACAGCCGGCAGAGGCAAAAUCAUCGAAUGGGCCCCGCAAGUUUCGAUAUUAUCUCAUUCAGCUGUGGGUGGAUUUGUAUCGCAUUGUGGAUGGAACUCGACAUUAGAGAGUUUAUGGUUUGGAAUACCAAUGGCUACAUGGCCGCUUUAUGCUGAGCAACAACUAAAUGCAUUUGAGCUAGUUAACGAGUUGGGAUUAGCAGUCGAGAUUAGGAUAGAUUAUCGACGAGAUUGGAGGACAAGAGAAGAAAAUUUUAUAGUGACUGCUGAAGAGAUUGAGAAUGGGAUUAAGAAACUAAUGAGCAUGGAUGAAGAGACCAAACAAAGGGUAACAGAAAUGAAAGACAAGGGUAGAAAAUGUUUACAAGAAGGUGGAUCUUCGUAUGACUGCUUGGGCCGAUUUAUUCAGGACGUCUUCAAUAACGUCUACUAGAGUUUUGUUGUCAUAACUCAUGUGCCAUCAAAUUUAGUUGUUAACUUUUGCUUUAUAAUGAAAUAAUUUUUUCUUUUGUUCUCUAAAAUAGCUGUAAUUGAUCUAAUAAAUUUUCAUAUUAAAGAAAUUAAUACAAAGGAGUGUCUAGUUUCAAUUUUUGUUUGAUAA